GAUUUUGACGCGUUUCUUUCAGGCUGAUCUGAGACCAGUUUUCUUGAGGUUUGCGUGAGCGGACUGCCUUAUAGGUGUAGGACCUAGCGCAAGCCCGUCACAAAAAACGAGAUUUUUACUUUCGUGUGGUCAUUAGAAUGCGAUAUAUUUCCUAUGUCAGAUCCUACAGGAGGGUUUCAGGAACAACCUUAAUAUAGAUUCUCACUUUUCUUUACUUUUCACCAAAGGAAGGUGGGAAGCAUGUGAAAAAGACUGCCUUGGGAUAUGUGAAGUUUUACAUACUUGACAAGUUUAAUGACAAUGUGUCUGAUGAAUACACACUAGCUAGAAAGACAAACAUAGGCUCCAGCCCUUCAGUGCUGUUGGACCUCAGUGAUGCUGCUGCACCUGAUGCUGCCUCAGUCCAAAGAGCUCUGAUCACCAUCAGUAUCUGCUGACUGGUCCCAGAGCAGUGCAAAUGCAGGCUGCACGGCAUUGGUCUGCACAUAGAGUUGGAGACCAACAGUAGCCCGCCUGAUCUGAAAUCUGUGCUGGGAACUCAGCAAUUCAGCAUGAUUGACCUGAGCUACCUGACAGAGGAGGAGCAGGAGAUGAUCCUAGCAGUGCUGAAGAGAGAUGCUCAGCUGAAAAAAGUGGAAGAGCAGCGAAUCAAGAACCUGCAGAAGACGGAGCGGUACAGCGGCGAACUAAAGUGCCUGACCGGAGAGUGGUUUUACGAGACCAAGUCACGCAGGCACAGAGACCGGACGCACGGCUCCGACAUCAUCAGAUCAUCCAUAAGGGACAACAGACCUAUGACCAUAUUGGAGCUCUCCCAGAUUUGGUCAGAGAAGCCUAGAUUUUUAAACAGUGAGAUCAAGGAUUUAUUUAUUCCACCAGAGCUAUGUGGAAUUCUAGAAGAAGUGCCAUCACAUGCACAGUAUGCAAGGGAAGAAGAAAUUCAGCAAGACAGUUAUAAAGUUGCUUCCCAUCCUCAAGCCAAGCCUAGACAAAAUCCUUUUAAUAAUAAGAUCUUAGAGUCAGAAUUUCCAAGAAAGGCUGAUGAACAGUUACCCAGCAGAGCACGGUCAGCUCACCUCGCACAUGCAGAGGUGCACCAGGCACCUGCGGACACACACCAGGAACCUGCAGGGUGGCAGCUGCCAACUGUAGAGCUGCUCGAGCCUGAAGCAUCUGUAGGCUCCCUGCUGUCACCUGCUGCGGGUGGUCAUGAGGAGUCAAGUCAUGGAAAAACUUCCUUGAAGCAGACAAGCAUCAGACCCAUUUCAUUAUCCCAGAGCUUAGAUGACCUGGAAACACUGGCUUCACUGUCCACAGCUCCACAUGUCCCUGGCUUCUCGGUCUCAGACAGGGAGCAGAUGAAAACGCUGAGCACAUCUGUGCCUGUUUUCGCACAGCAGCAGAGCAAUGGAGGAGAAACCGACCUUGCUUCAGCUGACAGUUUCUACUCGGAGAGACAGAGGAAAGACAGCACGAACACUAACUUUAGGUCCUCCUCUGACCUUGCCACAAUGUCUUCCGUCAGUGGCAGCGUGAUGGACAUUUACGGAUGUGACUUUGGCAACGUGGAGGCCAAAGGGACCAUCCAGUUUGCCAUGAACUAUGUGGAGGGACUGGGAGAGUUCCACAUCUUUAUAGUGCACUGCAGAGACCUGGCAGUGGCAGAGUCCAACAGGAACCGUUCUGACCCAUAUGUUAAAUGUUACCUCCUACCUGACAAAACCAAGCUGGGGAAGAGGAAAACAUCAGUGAAAAAGAAGACUCUGAAUCCAACAUACAAUGAAAUUUUACGGUAUGUGAUACCAGCGGACAGCCUUAAGAAUCGCACUUUAAACAUCUCCGUGUGGCAUAACGACACAUUUGGAAGGAACAGUUUUCUUGGGGAAGUAAACAAAGAUCUUUCUGAAUGGGACUUCAACAACACACAUAUAAUGGAUUGUGAUCUUAAAGGAAGGGUUCCAGUCCAGCCCAGUACAGCGCAUGUUAAUGUGGAAAUGAACGGAGAGAUGAAAGUAGCUUUGCGUUUCAUUCUGCCGACUUCUUCAAAUGUAGAUAAAAAGAUCCCCCAGACUGGUGAUGUCCAGGUCUGGGUAAAGGAAUGUAAGAAUCUACCAUCUAGAGAGGGUAACGCCUUUGUUAAAUGCACAAUCCUGCCAGACACUGGUCGGAAAGGCCUGCAGAAGACGCACGUUGUGAAGAGAACAGCAAACCCAGUCUUUAACCACACAAUGGUGUUUGACAGCUUCAAACCAGAAGAGCUGAGAGAAGCCUGUGUGGAGCUCACUGUGUGGAAACGCGACCGGAUUACUAACCACUUCAUAGGAGGAACACGGCUUGGUCUGGGAACAGGUAAAAGCUACGGUGCUGAGGUGGACUGGAUGGAUUCUAGCACAGCUGAAGCUGAGCUGUGGAAAAGAAUGAAUGAAUCGCAGAAUGAAUGGGUGGAAGAUGUGGUACCUCUGAGAAUGCUAAUUAUGGCAAGAACUAUGGCCAGAUAGUAAUAGACCUACAUUUAUUUUUUGUUUGUCUUGUUUUUUAUUAAACAAGCAAAAAAAAAAAAAAAACUAAUUAGAGGAUGUACUAUACACUGAUUAAUAAUAGUAUACUUAAUCUGAGAUAAGGGUUAUAUACUGGAUAUGUAAAAACGUAACUCUGACAAUGUGUGUUUAAUUUGUUGUAAAAUGAAUAUAUUUGAAGUGUAUUCUGUGAGUAACAAUAUGCAUGGACAAACUUUUACACCAGCCCUGUUAGGUUAACUUUGGCCUUUUUGUUGUUUCUUGAUUUAAAAAUAUAAUUAAAGCAGAGAAUUUAGAUUA